UAAAAACGUUUUAGUUCUACUUUGAUUUGCAAGCAUUGAAGAUGAUUCUUGUGCUAGUAGCGUUAUUAGUGAUUCUCGUGUACUAUUUUGGUACUCGGAACCACGACUACUGGGCCAAGAGGCACAUCAAACACGACCCGCCCGUGUUCUUGUUCGGAAACAACCUCAAAGGCUUCUUCGGACGACAAAGCACUACACAGGUAGCCAAUGACUUAUACAACCGGUUUCCUGAUGAGAAAGUUGUCGGAUACUACAGAGGAUCCACUCCCGAGCUUUACAUAAGAGACCCAGAUAUAGUGAGAAAUGUGUUAAGCAAUGAUUUUGCAUAUUUUUUUCGACGAGGCCUUGGAAGGAAUCCGGAUGUGGAGCCGUUGCUGGCGAGUCUGUUUCACGCUGAAGGCGACCUGUGGAAGCUGACUCGGCAGCGGCUGACGCCGGCGUUCACGACCGCGCGGCUGAAGGCGAUGUUCCCGCUGGUGGUGCGGUGCGCGGAGCGUCUGCAGGGCGCGGUGCGCGCGGCGGCGGCCCGCCCCGGCGCCGGCGCCGGCGCCGUCGACGCGCGCGAGCUCAUGGCGCGCUUCACCACCGAGUUCAUCGCCGCCUGCGGCUUCGGCGUCGACACCAACUCCCUCGGCGACGAAGACUCACACUUCAGAAAGAUCGGCAGACAAUUAUUUGCAAGACCGUUGCCGGUCAUUCUAAAGCACAUGAUGUGGGACUUGUUCCCGCCACUCAGAUCCUACAUUCAUGUAGGAGAGCAAUCACUCGAUGAUGCUUUUUUCAGAUUCGUAAAAAAUAUAAGAGAAGUUAGAGAAGGCAAACCCUCAGACCGCCAUGAUUUCAUAGACCUGCUCCUGGAGUUAGAAGGCAAGGGAAAGAUCGUAGGGGAAUCAAUCGAGCACCGGAACCCGGACGGUACGCCUGUGACUGUGGACAUGGAAAUGGAUUUGAAAAUGAUGGCGGCCCAGGUGUUCGUAUUCUUUGCCGCGGGUUUUGAAACGUCCUCGUCGGCCACGAGUUACACUUUGCACCAGCUCGCAUAUAAUCCUGAAUUACAAUUAAAAAUACAAACGGAGAUCGAUGAAGUGCUUCGGAAUUAUGAUAACAAGUUGUGCUACGACGCCGUGGCAGAAAUGAAACUGCUGAGCAUGGCUUUUAAGGAGGCAAUGAGGAUGUUUCCGUCGCUGGGCGUGCUGAACCGCUUGUGCGCGCGGCCCUACACGUUUGCUGAGCUGGGGCUGACCGUGGACCCUGGAGUGAGGAUCGUGGUGCCGGUGGAAGCGCUACAAAACGACGAGAAGUACUUCGACAAUCCGCGGGAGUUCCGACCGGAGCGAUUCACUCCUGAGGAAAUAAAGAAGCGACAUAAAUAUGUAUAUUUGCCCUUCGGAGAUGGACCUAGGGCGUGUAUAGGGUCCCGGCUAGGGGAGAUGCAGUCGCUAGCCGGGCUGGCCGCGGUGCUACAGGCGUGCAGCGUGGUGCCCGCGCCGACAUCCCAGCGGGUGCCGCCCGUGGACUGCACGACCAACGUCGUGCAGGGCGUCAAAGGAGGGUUGCCGCUUCAGCUCACCGUCAGGCAAUGAUCCAAAUCUUAAAGAUAUCCAAAACAAGGCGAAACAACAUCGUAAUGUCUGUUGGCAUCCAAUAUAGGGACUGAAACUAACAGAUCUUGGUUCAUAUAGAGUAUUCCUGCAGGGUUAGCACAUGAUUGCCGCCGGAGUAUGUCGCCACGACAUUGAUCACACAUCUUCUAAUUGUAAGGACGGCUAGUCUAUCUCGCGGCGACAUACUCUCGCGACAAUCAUAUGCUAACCGUGCUGAAAAGUUAACGGUUUCAGAAACAACACAUACUUACUUAAACCACAGUAUAAUGAAAAGUACUAUCGUACAGUAUGGCCACUCCCGCUCCCCGCUGAAAGUGCGGCACACCCCCUCUCGGUUACCUCACAGUUACCACCUGUCAAAAACGAGAACAGUCGACCUGUCAUAUUUCACUCAUAUAAGCAUAGUACGCGUUCAUCUACACGAGCUUAGACUGUGUGCUAGGAACGCGCCUCUUUCAUAUAUUUGAUCGCCAGUGUCCGAGGUGUGCCUAAACAUAUCGUACCUUGUUACAUCUAUAACUAGCCGGUAACGUGACUUUGGUUGAGGUACUUGUUGAUGAUGAUUUUAGUGAUAUUGAUACGACUAUACAUUUUGUCCUCGAGACUGACCUUUAUAUUCGUAUUUAAUUUAGGCAUUAUAAUAUUGUGUGAUACUAUAAUUGUUUACUUUUAUCAUGAUAAUAAUGUUAUACUGAUUUCAUAAAAAUACCGUCGCGACGGUUUUAUCUGUA